AUGCUUCACAAAACAGUUAAUAUUGGUGGAUUCACUAUCAAUACGGAUCCGAAGAAGAAUGCUUUAUCGAAGUGGAAUGAUAUUUUGAAUAAGAGAAACUCCACUGUGUUGGUGUCAUUCGGUACAGUGGCAAAAGCAAUCUAUAUGCCUGAUGAAUAUAAGAAAGCUAUGCUGGAGGUUUUCGAAAGCAUGCCUGAAACAACGUUUAUUUGGAAAUACGAAGAAGAGAAUUCACAGUUAGGUGCUCAUUUGAGUAAUGUUUAUCUGCGGACGUGGCUGCCACAGGCUGCUCUUCUUGGUAAGUUUCUUGUGCUGAAAUACGAUAAGAAGCCUGAGUUAACAUAG